ACCACAACAACAACAACAACAGCAACAAAGGCUGUGCAAAAAGCGGAGCCGAGGAGCGAGGAGGCCGAACGAGACUGCGAGUCCUCCGAAGACAAGCACCACCAGCACCAACAACAACAACGACACCAGCAGAAACAACACCGCCUUUUCACCCAGUCUCUCUCAGCACCACCGAGGCUCCGCUCUACCUCAGCCCGGGGGAACUGCGCCUGGCUCCGGCUCGCUUCGCUCUGCUCUCGGCCUCUUCGCAGCUCCCGUAUCCUUUUUGCACUGCCGCUGAAUCUGAGCGUCUGAUUGGCUCUGAUGCACUUUAGCCCCGCCCCCUCACAUCCUUAUACGGUGCUGUCUUCUUGCAGCUCAUGACCAAAGCUCCUGUUGUCCCGCCCCCUUCGGCUCUGACUCCACCCCUCCCGGCUCUGUCCCCGCCCCCUCCAAAGGACCAGGAUGUUCCAGCGGUUCACCAGCGCUCUGUUUGGGGCUGACACCAGUGACCUGAGGCCUGAUGGAGCCCAGUCCGAGGAAGAGGAGGAAGACUGGAUCCUCGUCAACUACCUGACUGACGCGUGCUCCGGCUCCUCUGUGUGCGCUGAUGAAGAGGACCUAGUGAUACUGCCCUCCCCCACAGCGCCCCCUAUGGUUCGCUGCCCCUCCCUCACCUCCCUAAACUCUACCAUGACGGAGCCCGACGAGCUGGACGCCGCAGCCCCAGAUCCGGACCGGGACUCGGACUUGGACUCGGACUUCCUGCGCCUGGAGCCUGGUUCUCUGGAGGAGUCGUGGUUCGUCACUCCGCCCGCCUGCUUCACCCGAGCUCAGCCUCUGCCUCUGGAGCCCAGCCCUUUGGAGAACCUACUCAUCGAACACCCUUCCAUGUCCGUGUACCUGCUGCCUCUGCACGGCAACAGCAAGCCCCGCCCCCAGCAUGGCAACAGGCCCCGCCCACAGACGCACCUGCAGAAGGCCCAAGGCAACGGAGGCAAACCAGGAAGUAAGAAGGAGAAGCGACGCUCGAUGGACGCCAGACACAGGCCUGAGUGUAUCCAGCGUCGCCCGGUCUCAUCCUCUCUCCCCCCCUCCGUCUCGGGGCGAGUUGACCCUCUGCAGCCCCGCCCCCCUCACUCUCUUUCCAAAAACACCCUGCGACGCCUCAACCCACAGCGCCCCCCGAAGACUGCCGCCCCGCAACUGCACCAGCCCACCCACCGCCAGUUCAACUUCUGACCACCACUGAACCACGGCAUAUAACGUCAUAUUUUAAAGAGGGCUAUUAAUCUAAAUCAACUAUUUGGAGCUUUCUAGCAUGUUAUUAUGUUGUCCCCUCAUCCAAAACAUGCCUAAAGCGGUUUUAGACGCCAUCCAUACACGUUUGAGUUUUUUAGCAAUACCUCACGGGUCCCUCAAUACUCCCAGUUAUUUUAAUAAAUGAUGUUUAAAGAGGAAUUCUGAUCUAUCAACUUCUACAUCCUCCUCACUGCAACAAAACUUGAUCGCUAAAGCUUGCAUUUUUUUUUGGAUCAUGACAUCAGCUUACCAUUUUAUUCAUUUAAAGAACACAUAUGAUGCAUUCUUGUAGAUUUACACAUGCGUUUAGUCACUUUGGGAUCAGUAUUUCACAUUUUCUGAUUUAAAAUAAUGUCUGCAUUUGGAAAAUAACACUUCACAUCAGUUUCCAAUGAGGCAUUUAGAUGUUGGAGCUAUCAGUGCUGUCUAUUGAAGUUAUUAUGCUAUGCUACUAGAGUCAUGCUAUGCCAUAGAUUUGUUGUGAACACGAGUUGACAGCAGAAUGAGUCCGGUGAUAGUUUAUCUGUGACACAACAAUCCUGGCAAAAUGUGAACAGAGCAUUUUUGAGACUUGACGACUUGAAAGUGAAAAACUGAAACUAAACUACAACUACAAGUAUGUUUUUAAUGAGGGGACAACGUCAUAACAAAGUCAGUUUUAUGUAAUAUGUGUUUUUUAUUUUAUCACAAAUUUCAAAACCCAUCAUAAACCAAUAUAAUUGAAUUUACAAGUGGACAACAAGAUGCACAAGUCCAUCUCCAUUCGUAAUCUCGGUGGUCAGUUGUUUAGCCUCUGGGACUCUGCGCCUGUCUUCACCUGUCAGCUCCUCCAAACACCUGACGUCCAUAACCUCUAAUUGCACUAAACAAAUACUUUCCCCUGACUGUAAAAACCACCAGACUGAAUCAUUUUAAAUCAACGCUAGAUCCGUCACACUUCACCAGAGCCUUACCAGAGCCAUACGACAAAUCUACUCUCAAAUGUUGCUGGAUGUUUUCAACAUUUUGGAUGAUUUAAUCUCAAUUUAUUUUCCACCAUUUUCAGCCUUGCUUUGUCGAGGGGUUAAACAAAAUGGCCGCCUUCUUCUCGGCCUGUUCAUAGUUAUUUUGACUGUUAAGUGUUCAAUCUUUCUUGUCUAGAACUUUUUCACGGCCGCCGUUUUGUGUAGAAUCAUCGCUGUAGGUCACUUUACUCCGAGGCAGGUUCUAAAGCCAAUUACAGGACAUUUUUGAGUCAUUUUGGGCUGAUGUUUAAAGGAGAAAUAACCUAAAGACAAUGCACGUGAUGGUUUUGUUAUAUCGAGACUACAUUACCCAGAGUGCUUUGCAAAAACGGUUCAGAUUUGGAAACAACACAUUCAAACCAUGUCUUAAUAAUCAAAGAAAUGUGUCGAGUUUUCAAAAUGGAUGACUGUCUAUGGUUUUGGAAAGUUGCAUUAUGGGAAAUGUAGGAUUCGGUGACUUUGGAGAGAUGUUAAUUGCAUUUUUACAUUUGUUAAGCAAAGUGCAAUUAAUAAAACUAGGGGAUAGUUUUAGGUUAGUGGGUCUUUUCGCUGCUUAGUAGUUACAAGUUAGCAUAGCAUAUGAUCAUCAAGCCGCCAUUUUGAAUCCUUGUGUGUGGUUUUUUUUUUGUUUGUUUGUUUGUUUUUUAUUUCAAAAUGGCCUCCUGUCUCUUCAACUAAAGUCACAAUCCAAAACUUUGCAUCUAGAUACGGUUUCUCUUUUAAUUUCCGGUCUUAAAACCAACUCAUUUUAAAUCUGUCCGGUUUAAAGGCUGAACCUGCCUCUGACUUGAUAAAUUCAGUACUUUUCACGAUAUUUUUUUGAAAAACUAAAAAAAAAAAAAAUUAGAAAUAACAAAAAAAGUACUAGGUUAAAUAUCACUAAACUUUGCCUUGUUUUAACGGUAGCUUUCAAACGUAUAGAAAAAUAUGUGUAAAAAAAAAAAAAACUUCCAAAAUAUUUUUUUAAAAGACAAAAACAUAUCAGGAUGAAGCUGUGUGUGUUGUGAUGUUAGCCUGUUGCAUGGUUGUUGUAUAGACGAUUGUUUGGGCAAAAAUUACGAAAAAAAUGUUGAAAUUUGUAAUGUUUUUUUUGUUUUGUUUGAGAAAUCUGCAGUCCACUUCUCAGGGUCAUAACCAAUCACUAACUUUAGGAAUUGCAGAUUUGCUCGGAACCCGUAAACGUUUUAACAACUUUUUAUAACAAGAAUUCUAUAGCGGACUUUUUUGUUUAGUUUAACAUUGUGUAUUUGUUAAGAUUAUGUAUUUCUGCUUUAGUUACAUUUGUUUAAACAUAUUUAUAAACCAAAAAAGUAGCAGCAAACUUAACUUUUUUCACUUUUAUUGUAUUUUGUUUAGGGAUGCACCGAUACCGAUACUGGUAUUGAAUAUCGGCAGCAAUACUGAAAAAAUUAGCUGAGUCAGUUCCAUGAUAUUGGUUAAACCCGUAUGCUGGUUGGGCUUUCAUUGGAUGUAAUAUUAUUUCCAGGCUGAUUUUGGUCCAGAACGUCUCAUAAUGUUUGAACUUUUAUUCAUAUGAGUCUGUUCAGUCUGAUGAGAAGGAUAAAUAACAGUUAAAUAACACAGUUGGACCUCUUGUGUAAUAAGUCAUCUGUGUUUUAAGGAAGCAAGUGCUAUUUUCCGUCCCUACACUGGUAUCGGUUGAUCUCGGGUGUCAGCAGAUACUUAAAGUUAAAGUAUCAAUAUCAGAACUGAAAAAGCUGGAUCGGUGCAUCCAUAAUUUUGUUAUAUUAAUAUUUGAUUGUUCUUGGCUUUUGUGCUUUGAAACUGAUGGACUAACGAUUCUAAAGUUGAAUACUGUGGAAGCAACGGGGAAACCUGGGAGUUAUGUCACCAAAAUGUCAUGUCAUUUGAAGAGGAGGCUUUUUAAAAUGGUUCUUAUUGGGAUUCUUCAUCUUGUGUGGGUUGAAAAGUGCAUAUGGCAGGUUUUCAUGUUUUUGUAAAAGACUUGGUUUAGUGGGAUAGUACCUCUGCUAUUUUUUUUUUUUUUUUUUUACAUCAGUUAAGUGACAAACUGUGGAAAUGGAAAAGAAAAGUACAAAAGUAUAAAGUAGCUGUGAGUUAUAAAACAGAAUCCAGGAACAGUUCACAAACAAAGAAGUGUUUCUCUCACAGUUUUAAAACUAAUUUAACAAUCUCAAGUUUUUUUUGUUGUUAUUUUUAUUAGUCUAAUCAUUAAUAUUGUGUAAUUUAGUCAGUUUUGGGCCUUGUUUACAUUAUAGGCACUAAAUUACAGUUAUUGAGUUACCUUCUGCUUAUGUCACAUCUGCUGCCCAUGUCCAAACAGGAACUAAAAUUAUAAACUAGGCAAUAUUUUUUGUCAAACCUACAAUGUUAACUAUGUUUUACUGAAAAUAAUAUUCUAGCCUGGCAUAUGCACUUUACACAAGGAGCGCUCAAUAACUCAAAACAUGUACUAUCCAAUUGCUAAUGAAGCCUAUUGGCACAUGCUGUUUUAUUGAACAGAUCCAGUGCAUCUUUUCGUAAAUACUACUUAAAACAAUUUAAAUCUGGGUUCAGUCUAAACCAGGUCUAAACAAGGACAAAGUUCUUUACAGAUUCAGAAUGUAUAUAUGGCUCUCUUGCUAUAACUGUUAUUAGCUCUAGAUUAACCAUAUAACAUAAAAAACAGGAAAAACUAACUAGUUAAUUUAAAUAUUUUACAACAUUUACAUAUUUUUUAGGACAAAAAUAGUUAAAUCACUUUUUACUCUCAGUAUUUUAAUACAUCAACGUUUGCAGCGAUUACUAAGAAUAGACUAGACUAGCAAUGAUCACACAAUAAAAUACAUUAUUGUAAAGAGUGGGUAUUAUGCAAAAUAAUGUAGUAUUAUUAUUAUUUAUAUUGUUUUUUCUACCAUGUUAUAACAUUGUUCACUCAUCAAAACUGUACACAGCAACUUGACAAACCUAAUGCGAUGUGCAGUAGUUUUAUUUGUGGGAUGCAGCUGAUUGUGAUGUGAUGGCGCUCUGAAGGGGGAGUGACUUAGCAUGGAGAGCAAAGGGAGAGGGAACUCUGAAACCUUUGCUGAAACUUAGAAAACAUGUUAAUGCGUUGUUUUGGGUGAAUAUAGCAUUUUCAAAACAAUAAAAUGUAACAUGGUGAUCUAAAUAUGUUUUGUGUUAGAGUGAAUACCCCACAGACGUAAAAUACUUCCUCUUUAAAAAGUCAAUACUUAGAUUCACUUUUUCUUGUAAUUUUUGGUGACGUAUUUCCAGAUUUGCCUUCAAAUUCUGUAGCAUAAACAUUGAACUUUAUACUAACAAAUGUAGCUCGUUAGCAUUAGCUUUGUUUCACUGUACAUAUGAAUACGCAAGUGUGUUUUAAGCUUAUGUAUCUGCAAUCAUCGCUCAUCGUUAUAUUUUGACAGAAGGGAGCUUGUUUUCCGAUAUCGUCACUUCACAGGGAUUUGAACAUUAUUUUUGUGUUUUUAUUCUGAUUUUAAAAUGCCUUGAAACUUUGUGGAUCACGUGCCUUCCAGGUUUUGGACAAUGCAUCAAUGAAGAACUUGAAAUGUCUUUGUUUCGAUCGGACUCGGUAACUAUGCACCACUGUGUCGUCUGAACCAGCAUAGCCCAUGUUUUCUAUAACCACAGUCAAAUGUAGCAGGAACUUUAUAUUAUUUGGACAAACGUGUGGAGAUUUGUGGCAUUUCUGAAAAUCUCACGUUGUGUUUUUGUGUAGUUUACCUGUAAUAAUACUCAGCACUUUGCCAAAAAAAGACUAAGUAAAAAGACUGUAGGGUUUUUAACUCUGUAUUCUCAUGUUUAUGUUUUAUCUGUGUGAUGGAUGUAGUUCUGAGGAGCAUCUUUAAGGGUCAUGUUUUGGACUGUUAAUCUGUGAUCUCAAUAUUAGAGCAAAAUAAAUGAUAAAAUGCACAA